AUGUUUUCUAAAUCAAAGUCAGACACUUCGCAAUACACACCACUAUCCCGACCAGGCGGUGGCGAGGGUUCUAGCUCGGGUACAUCCCUCGAGAAGCGCUCGUCUUCCGAGGAUGAUGACGAUCAUCCCUUGUUGGAAGCCUCAGAGAAUCUUGACGGUCUCCAGGCACCCAAGCACUGGCAGCUUCCUAAGCUCAUCCUCUACAUUUCCUUGGCUUUGGCCUUGAUAUCAUGCGCCAACAUUGCCCUGCUUCCUGCUACUCUGUCCAACUACGCAGCUUUCCCUUAUACAGACUCUGAACUUAAUGCCCUUCCCUACGGUGACGCCAGGUUAGGGCUGGACAGAGCAGCCAAGAUUCUUCGCCCUCCCAGAGAAUACCUCCGUGCCUGGCCGGACAGAGUGGUGCGAGUGAGCCGCAAGUUGAAGAAUUCAGUAUGGGGAAAUGGGCCACAGGUUUAUGUGACUGUCGAGGACUCAACUAUCAUGCGCUUCCCGGUUCCUACCGCUGGUAUCAACGCCUGCGCAAUCAACUGGCUGGCGCCUCCAGAAAAUUCCACGCGGAUCAAGGACCUGACUACCAAGGGAGACGUCUCCGAGAUUGAAGUCUGGCAGCUUAUCGCGCCCUCCGCCACCUCGCAGCCAGGCUCUUCCACAAACAUGGACGAGCUCAACUACGAUACCGUGUCGUACUCGGCUCUUCCUGUGCGUGGCGAGCUGCUCGGCGUGCUGGACCUCACCAUGAAACCGAAUAGCACGACGGUGGAGUUUGCCUGCCCUAGCGGGGCAGAAAAUCUCGUGGUAGAGUUGAAGUGCCAGCGCGUGGCGUGUCAUGUCAGCUUCAUGCAUCUGGACACCAUGCUGCCGCGAUUUGGGUUUGAGUUGGUGAGGAAGAGAGAAUGA